AUGGCUGAGGUGCAAGCAAAGCUGCAAAAGCUAUCGGAGGAAUACCAGGCGCUGCAACAGGAACUUCAGACCACCGUCCAGUCGAGGCAAAAGUUGGAGGCUCAGAGGCAGGAGAACCUUGGCGUAAAAGAGGAGUUUGACAAGCUCAAGGAUGGCGAGCAGAUCUACAAGUUGGUCGGCCCCGUGUUGCUGAAGCAGGAUAAGGUGGAGGCCGAGAGCACAGUCAAGGGCCGUCUGGACUUCAUCACCAAGGAGAUCGAGAGACAUGAAGGAUUGAUCAGAGACGCCCAGGGUAAGCUGGAGAAGAAGAAGGGCGACAUCAUCCAAAUUCAGACCAGCGCACAAGCUGCGGCGGCUCAGGCACAGAAGGCAUGA